GGCUUCAUCAUGGAAAGUAAGAAAGAGAGGCUUAGGGCUGCUAGUUUAUGUCCAAAUUUGGCCCUAGGCUUUAUAACAUCUCUAACAAUUCAUAGAAAAAAAUUCUAAAGGGACUAAAUCUUACCUUGAGAUUAUUCUGCAUCAGAAGAAGAGAAAAUUGAGCUCAAAAGACUCCGAAGAAAGAGGUAUGAAGAAGAAAAAUAAUAAAAGUCUUGACUCUAAAACCAAGUUACAUGUGAAAACCCAAGCCAAGCCUCCUCGAACUAAGAAGGUCACCAGGUUGAGACUCUACAAGAGCCCAGUCGUUAGCCCCAGUGUGAAGCCUGAAAAUCAGCAAUCUGUGAUGUAUAAUAAAAACUUGAUGAAGUCUCAGGAGAACCUUAAACCAUUAAUUAUGGGAUUAACCAAGGGUAAAAAUCAGCCGAAGACUAACAACAAUUCCAAGGAGAAAUACUCUUGUAGAUACCAAAGAUAUAUGAAUAACAACGCCAGUGAAAAGUAUGGCUUUAACACUGACAAUGGCUUAUCAAGAUUAGUUAAUUAUAGCUCAACUGUUCCAAGUACUAUCAAAACUCCUAAGAAUCAGAGAACUGAGAUCUUGAACACACUUAGGAAAUAGCAAGAGCAAAGUUAAGAAGAAGAAUAGCAGACUCUGGACGGUCACUAAGUCCAAUGUGUCAAAUUUCCUGAUAAAUAAUAGCAAGGAAGAUCUUUUAGUUGAGAAUAAACUUGAGUUACCCAAUCCUAUCGUCAAAGACUAUGAGAUUAAGUACAACACGUCCCAGGAUAAUAGUAUUGAGAAGAAGGAAUAUGACAGUUUUAUUGACUACCUCAGCCCUAAUGAUGUUAAUUUCAACAUUAUGAUAAAAGAUAGCAAGGAAUCCAAAAUACAAAAAUUUCACAAGCCAAAUUACGUGCCGGUGAUUACGACAGAUCUGAUCCCACAGUCCUUAACUCCUAUUGAGGCAGGCUCUCCAGUGAGGGAGGACCAUUUAUCAUCAACAUUGAACUUAGAAACACCAGAAUCCCCUGAAAAAUUUAAUGUAUUCCUUGAAGAAGAGACUUUGAAGAAAUCUGAGGAUUCAAAGGAAGAGAACUACAGAAAUCCUGAGAAAUAGUUCCAAAGAGUUGCUAAAAGAGAGUGAGAACCAGGAAUCGGACCUUUCAAAGUUAGAGAAUUAUCUGAACUCCAUAAAACCAACCAACUCUAACCUGCGGAUUACUCCUCCAAAGGCCAAGCUUCAGAAGUAUUUUUAUAGUAGUGAUGAAAUUAUUGAUAUGAUCCUGUCAUUUGAGGAUGAGAUUUCAGACCUCAGACUAAAACUAGAGAGAAGCUCUAAUAAAAUAGAAUUUGAGAAAAGAAAUCUCAAUUUUGAGAAGAACAGGCUGGUGAGCGAAAGCUACUCCCUCAAAAAUGGCCGCACCGAGGAAAGUAUUAACCGUAGGCUUAGAGGGAAAUACGAAGACGAGCACAUACGGGCUACCAAGGCUUUGAAGGAAGUAGAGAGGCUUAAAGAAAAGAACCAUCAUCUUCGGAAUAAUCUCAAUGAGCUUGAGGACAAAUUUUACCAAUGAGAGGAACGGCUGGUAAACUCUCAAAGAUUUCUGGAGGAUAACAACAACGCAUCUCUCCUUAUGAGCACUCUUCUAAAGGACCUUGAGAACUGUAUUGAAACCUGUAACUCGGACAAUAUUUUCCAAAGCUUAGAUCCUAUAAUAGUUGAGUAUAAGUCCCAGUCUAAAGAGCUAGACAUUGAUGAGAGGUUAGAGUGCUUGAAAAAGAACACAAUGUUUCUACUAAAGCAGAAGUCACGGGUUCACCAUAAUGGAUCUCUAGACCACAGUCAGGAUUUUGACAGCAGAGAUAUCUCAAUCUAUAGUGCUGGGUAUAAGAACAUUAGAAAACGUAACAGAGCCAAAGUCUCGAUUUCCUUGAUCAACGAGGCGACUAAUAAACUAAAAUUGCGAGACAGGAAGGGAUCUGAAGGAGAAAUAUUUAAUGUGAGCAAAUGCCCUUACGACAUUAAGGGUCCUGAACUCACUAAGAAGAGCAGCCAAGGGUACUUGGACAUUAAUUCCUUCUGCUCAGGUGAUCUGAGAGAGGUCUCGAUCAGGUCCAAGAACACUGACUCUUCAGCCUACGACUCCAUAGCUGUGGAAAGCACGUUGGUGCACAAGGAAGCACUUGAACAGAGAAUGAGGAAGGAAAUUAAGAUUUUGCGUGAUGAGAAUAUUCAGCUAAAGAUACAAGCUGAAAAAAUGAAAGUGUUCGUACCAGUAUCUCUUCUGCCAAAAUCUGACAGUAAGAUGUCGCUCCAGAAGAAGUCUUGGGAAAUGACAGCAAAAGUCCUCAAGAAAGGCGGGAAAGUUAAGCUGUCCCAGAAGUUCAAGUACAUUGAAAGCUGAAUCCAAGAGCUAGUUGAGCGGCACCAUGCCUUAAAGACUUAUGCUCUGAAGAUCCUACAGAAUAAAUGUGAAGAGAACAAAAGGCUGGAGGAUGACAUAGAUGCCCUUUAUGCCAAAAUCGAUGGCUAUGAGUCAGAAAUUGAGCACAUGAAAGUCGUCAACAGUAAGGCCAUAUUAUCAGAGAGGCAAAUUCAGGAGAAACUACUUGAAGUAACGAAAUCAAAAGAAACCAUGGAAGCACUCCUUAACAGUAAUGUUGAGUUUACAGAACUCCAGAAAUCCAUCAGUGAUAUAUUCUCUUUUUUACUGAGAGAAGGAAGAAAAAAAUCCGAGGAAAUGGUAGAGGAUGAUGAAUUAAAUGAGUUUGACAGAAUUAGCAAUGAUUUUCAAAUAACUCCCAAAAUGAGAGAGAUGUUAAGGAACGUUUUUGGAGAUCUUGUACGUAAGCUAGUUAAUACUAAUUUAUAA